UCUGAAAAAAUUGGGUGUAGAUACAAAUGAUUGAAAUAACUGUUCAUCUUCAGUUCAAAUCUAUAAAUCUGGAGAACAUUAUUCAAUACUUUCUGAAAAGAAUAUUUGUAAUGAGACAUGAUGAUUUUACAAAAACCCACGUUCCAAGAUGCUAUCUUUACUUGUAAAUAGCAUUCACCUGUUUCCUUUCAAGCUAGUUUAGCCAUCUACCAAUCCUCCAUUUCUUCCAUUCUCAUUUUCCUCAGAUUUCUUUCUUGCUAAUUUUUUAAAAGUAAAAAGGCAAAGAAGUUACUUGCAGCCUGCCAGAGAGUUCCUCUAAUCUCAUGCAUCGAACGGAAACAUGAUCAAAGCAAAAGAUAUUUCUUUCUUGAAAGAAACACAGUAUUUAGAUUCUCUUCUCUGCGGGGCUACAUAAAUUUCAGGAGCCAAAUUCUUGUACGUGAAAAUUUUCUUCCAUUCUCAAGCUCAUUCAGGUAAAACUAACAUAGCUAUGCGUCUUCUUCAUGGGACACUUCAUGCAACAAUAUGCGAAGCUGAUAGAUUACAGGGUGGAUUCGGGUUUGAUUUAUGUGGCAAGACUUCCAAUUCACAAAAGAUGACCAAAAGAUUCUUUUACAACGUCAAGAGAUAUGUACUAUGCCGUCCUGAGGUUGUUGGUUCCAGAAUUUAUGCCACCAUAGAUUUGCAAAGGGCCAGAGUCGGGAGGACUAAAAUGAUAGAGAAUGAACUUUCUAAUCCACGCUGGUACGAGGAUUUUCACAUUUACUGUGCUCAUAUGGUUUCUGAAAUUAUUUUUACCGUGAAAGAUGGUAAUCCUAUUGGAGCAACAUUAAUUGGAAGAGCUUAUCUACCUGUGGAGGAAAUCAUAAAUCGAAAUAUGGUGGAUAGAUGGCUUGAUAUACUGGAUGAAGAUAUGAAUCCCAUCCACGGAGGCUCAAAGAUACAUGUAAAAUUGCAAUUUUUCCAGGUUACUAGAGAAAGUAACUGGUCUCGAGGUAUCGGAACUCCUGGAUUUCAAGGUGUCCCUUUCACAUUCUUCCGUCAGAGACAGGGCUGUCAAAUUUCCCUCUACCGAGAUGCUCAUGUCCCAGAUAAUAUCCCCACAGGAUAUCUUAGGCGCUGGGGAGUUUAUGAGACUCAAAGAUGCUGGGAGGACAUUUUCGAUGCAAUUAACGAUGCUCAACAUUUGAUUUACAUAACAGGUUGGUCAGUAUACACUGAAAUCACUUUAAUAAGGGACCCAAUGAGGCAAAAGCCAGGAAACGAUAUACUUCUGGGUGAGCUGUUGAAAAAGAAGGCGGACCAAGGUGUGAACGUUCUCGUGCUUGUCUGGGAUGACAGAACUUCGGUACCACAACUGAAGAGGGAUGGUCUAAUGGCAACCCAUGAUCAAGAAACAAAAGAUUACUUUCAGAACACAAAUGUGCAUUGUGUUUUGUGUCCUCGAAACCCCGAUGCAGGUGAUAGCAUAUUCCAAGGAAUUCAGGUUUCAACCAUGUUUACUCACCACCAAAAGACAGUUGUAGUAGACAGUGAAUUCCUGGGAGAUGGGUCUCAAAAAAGAAGGCUAGUUAGUUUUGUCGGUGGCAUCGAUCUAUGUGAUGGAAGGUAUGAUACUAAAGAUCAUUCCCUAUUUAGGACAUUGGGCACAGUUCAUAAUAAAGAUUUCCACCAGCCCAAUUUUCCAGGAUCCUCCAUUGCAAAAGGUGGUCCUCGGGAACCCUGGCACGACAUUCAUUGUCGGCUUGAAGGGCCUGUAGCUUGGGAUGUCUUGUACAACUUCGAACAGAGAUGGAGGAAACAAGUAGGGAGUCAGUAUCUCUAUUCCACUGAUGAUCUCGAUAGGUUUAUUGUUCACCCGACACCUGUUAACUCAUUAGAAGACCCUGAAACAUGGAAUGUGCAAAUAUUCCGUUCAAUUGAUGGUGCUGCUGCUUCUGACUUUCCAACUAAACCCGAGGAAGCAGCACAAAUAGGCCUUGUCAGUGGAAAGGACAACAUCAUAGAUCGCAGCAUUCAAGAUGCCUACAUCAAUGCAAUUCGAAGGGCCAAGAAUUUUAUAUACAUAGAAAAUCAGUAUUUUAUUGGGAGCUCAUAUGGUUGGAAACCAUCAAAGGAAGUAACAAUUGAGGAUAUUAACGCCUUGCACCUUAUACCAAAGGAGCUCUCACUGAAGAUUGUAAGUAAGAUUGAAGCAAGGGAGAAAUUUAUCGUCUACAUUGUCAUUCCUAUGUGGCCAGAAGGUAUACCAGAUAGUGCCUCGGUUCAGGCAAUUCUUGAUUGGCAAAAGAGGACAAUAGAAAUGAUGUAUUCUGAUAUUUAUAACGCCCUACUAGCUAAGGGACUUAAUGUUGUAGACCUUAGGGACUAUUUAACUUUCUUCUGCCUUGGCAAUCGAGAAAUCAAGUUAGCCGGAGAGUACAUUCCUACGGAGGAACCUGAUCCAGAUACUGAUUAUAGUCGAGCUCAAAAGUCCAGGCGCUUCAUGAUUUAUGUUCACGCAAAAAUGAUGAUAGUUGAUGACGAAUACAUUAUCAUUGGAUCGGCCAACAUCAAUCAAAGGUCAAUGGACGGUGCAAGAGACUCCGAGAUUGCAAUGGGAGGCUUCCAACCACAUCAUUUGGCAGACAGCCAGCCGGCCAGGGGUAAGAUAUUUAGUUUCCGAAUGGCCUUAUGGUACGAGCACCUUAACUAUCUACACGAUUCUUUUCUUCAUCCGGAAAGCUUGGAAUGUGUACGGAAAAUUAAUGAAAGUGCUGAUCAAAACUGGAAUCAAUACGCAAGUGACAUGCUUGAGGAAGACCUCCAAGGACAUCUUCUUCGCUAUCCUGUUCAUAUUUCCAAAGAAGGAGAGAUUACGGCCCUGCCAGAUUUCCAAUGCUUUCCUGACACUAAAGCUCAUGUUCUUGGCAAUAAAUCUGACUAUCUUCCUCCAAUUCUCACGACCUGAUUAUAAUGUACGAAUUGUGAAUUAAGUCUUAUCUUAGCACGAGAAACGAUCAACUGCAUAUUUAUAUCCGUUAUAAUUGAAAUUAUUAGUUAAGUGUAACGGUUCCACUCAGUUGGUCGUCUUGUAAGUUCAUUGGCUACGUUUGGCUUUGUACUGUCCAUAUGAGGUCGGGAUCACGCCUAGCCCCACUACUUAA